AUGUCCCGCAAUCCAGACGGCACCUUUUCCUCCCAAGUCGCACCUCUUGAAGGUCCAGAAUACCCCCGAGAUGACCUGACUGUACCUCAGUUUAUGCUCGAUUCCACUCAUCCUUUGCGCCCAAUACGUGACGCAAACAGUCCUUGGAUCAUUGAGGAUGAGACUGGUCGAGGAAUUGGUUUCGAAGAGAUCCGCUCGCGUGUAUGGGGUCUGGCAAACGCCAUUAGUACAAGAUGGUCGGAUAUAGCCGAGGACGACGUCGUCUGUAUUUUCUCGCCAAACAAUGUCGACUACCCCAUUACAAUUUGGGCGGCUCAUCGGCUUUCUCUUGCCGUCUCCUGCGCAAAUCCUGGAUACACAGAGGACGAGCUCGUAUAUCAACUCGAGGCUACGAAAGCCAAAUUACUGUUUGUGCAUCCUGCAAGUUUGAAAACAGCUCUGUCAGCUGCCAAAAAAGUUGGCCUGUCUCCCACGCGAAUCAUAUUGUUCCUCGAAGCGAAACCAACUACCAGUGUUGGCGACUUUGCCAACAUUGACCAGCUCGUACGAGAGGGCCUUGACUCGAAGCCUAAUUUUGUAGAGAAGCGACUCGCACCGGGGGAGAACAAAACCAAAAUCGCUUUUUAUUCGUUUUCUAGUGGAACUACCGGCAAGCCAAAAGCCGUUGCAAUCCCACACCAUAGCGUGCUUGCAAAUGUGCUGCAGAAGGCGAAACACAACAGGAUCACAGAUCCAACACUAUCCCGUAAAGCAGCCCGCUACAGGCGUGGCGAUGUGGCCAUAGCGGUGUUGCCCAUGUUUCACAUCUACGGGUUGAUCGUGGUGACCCAUUUCAAUAUCUUCGCGGGGCUCCCUCUGGUAGUGAUCCCGAAGUUCAAUUACGAAGAUAUGCUGAAGAGUAUUGUUAAGUAUCGCAUCACUCAUCUCUACCUUGUUCCACCACAAGUCGUACUUUUUGUGAAGCAUCCAGCGACUAAACGAUAUGACCUUUCUCAUUGUCACUACUGCAUGGUUGGAGCAGCUCCCCUUUCAUCCGAACUCACGGCCCAAUUCAUAAAGCAAGUUCCGAGCGUGAGCGUUGGACAAGGUUAUGGAAUGACGGAAACUGCCACCACUGUAUUGAUGGCUCCCCUCGAACACAUGGGUAGCGGCGGGGUUCCUGGAAGUGCCGGACGCCUAAUACCAAAUACCACCGCCAAGGUUGUCAAGGUGGACGGCACACUCGCGGGCUUCGACGAGCCGGGCGAAUUGGUAGUAAAAGGACCUCAGAUGGCAUUGAGGUACUCCAAUAAUGAACAAGCCACCAAGGAAACGUUUGUAAAUGGUUGGGUACAUACCGGCGAUGAAGUCGUCAUCAACAAGGACGGGGAUGUAUUCAUUGUCGAUCGCCUAAAGGAAAUUCUCAAAGUGCGGGGGUUCCAGGUAGCUCCCGCAGAACUCGAGGGCUUCUUGUUGGAUCACCCGCUGGUUUCUGACGUCGGGGUCGUUGGAUUCCCUGAUGAAUACUCGGGAGAAAUCCCAUUAGCGUUUGUGGCCUUAUCUGAAGAGGCAAAGAAGGGCGGGAAGAGCCAAGACGCGCUCAGGAAAGAAAUUACCAAGUUCGUCGCCGAUAAUAAGAUCAAAUAUAAGUGGCUGGAAGGGGGCGUGGUGUUUGUCGACGCUGUACCAAAGAACCCAAGCGGCAAGAUCUUGCGCCGUAUGUUGAGAGAUCAAGCGAAGACACUUACUCCUGCCCAAAGGGGGGUUACUCAGAAAGGGAAAUUGUAA